GGCCAGAGGCCCAGAGCUACCUUCUUGCAUCUCUAUAUUUUUUCCCUCAUCUACACAAUUUCCCAAUAUCCUCCUCCUCCUCCUCCUCUUUCUCUCUCUCUCUCUCUCUCUCUAAGAUUUUUAUUUUCUCUAUUUUUGCAACAAGAGGGAGAAAGAAAGAGAAGAUGCAGGUAUCACAGAAGUACUCUCCAUCUGAGGUCUCCCUUCACUCCACCAAGAAAGAUUGCUGGCUGGUCAUCCAUGGAAAGGUUUAUGAUGUAACCACUUUUUUGGAGGACCAUCCAGGAGGGGAGGAUGUUCUCCUCCAUGCAUCAGCCAGUGGAGAUGCAACCGAGUCCUUUGAAGAAGUUGGCCACAGCUCUACAGCAACCAGCAUGAUGGAGGGCUACCUCAUUGGAACCGUUGAAGGCCAGGUCAACACCAGAGAUUCAACUGGAGCUCCGAAGCCUCCGGCAGGCGGUGGGGCCCCCAGGAACAAGGCAUUGCUGGAGGCUCCUUCUUCAAGCUUCACUGACUAUCUCUUGCCUUUGCUUGUUCUUGCCUUGGCCUUUGGAUCUUGGUACUACCUUACUUUUAUCAACAAGGCUUAGAGAGAUUAUGUCGGUUGGCUGAGUGGUGUAUUGUUCUAAGAUUAUUAUAAACAUUGAAUAAGUUGUCUAAAAGCUUUAUAUUGAUGGGAGAUUGAGAGUUUUUUUUUUGUACUAGAGGUAUUGCUUAAGAAAUAAACCUAAUUACAGAGAAUUUCUUGAUUGCGACUAUUAGAAGAGGUUGAUGGUUUUAUUUUCUUAGGAAAUUGAGGGGUUAUUGAAGUUUCAAUGGAAUGUAUUGUUAUUAAUAGUUUGAAGAAAUACUUGUGGACAAGUAGUAUAAAGCUUGUUACAUUA